AGACUCCCUCCCCCGGAAGUGAGACCUGAUGUAAACACCGGAGCCGGGCGUCAAGGCCCGCGAGGUCAGCAAGUCGGGCCGCGGGCGGCACCGAGAACCCGGGCUGAGAUCGGGGACGCGUGGAGAUCAGGAAAGCAGUCCUGGACCAUGACUCAGCAGCCACUUCGAGGAGUGACCAGCCUGCGUUUCAACCAAGAUCAAAGCUGCUUUUGCUGUGCCAUGGAGACAGGUGUGCGCAUCUACAACGUGGAGCCAUUGAUGGAGAAAGGGCAUCUGGACCAUGAGCAGGUGGGCAGCAUGGGCCUGGUGGAAAUGCUGCACCGCUCCAACCUGCUGGCCCUGGUGGGCGGUGGUAGCAGCCCCAAGUUCUCAGAGAUCUCAGUGCUGAUCUGGGACGAUGCCCGGGAGGGCAAGGACUCCAAGGACAAGCUGGUGCUGGAGUUCACCUUCACCAAGCCAGUGCUGGCUGUGCGCAUGCGCCAUGACAAAAUCGUGAUCGUGCUGAGGAACCGCAUCUAUGUGUACUCCUUCCCUGACAAUCCCCGAAAGCUGUUUGAGUUUGACACCCGGGACAACCCCAAGGGGCUCUGUGACCUCUGCCCCAGCCUGGAGAAGCAACUGCUAGUGUUCCCAGGACACAAGUGUGGGAGUCUGCAACUUGUGGACCUGGCAAGCACAAAGCCCGGAACUUCAUCUGCUCCAUUUACCAUCAAUGCACAUCAGAGCGAUGUGGCCUGCGUGUCCCUGAACCAGCCAGGCACUGUAGUGGCCUCGGCCUCCCAGAAGGGCACCCUUAUUCGCCUUUUUGACACGCAGUCCAAGGAGAAACUGGUGGAGCUGCGCAGAGGCACUGACCCCGCCACCCUCUACUGCAUCAACUUCAGCCAUGACUCCUCCUUCCUGUGCGCUUCCAGUGAUAAGGGUACGGUCCACAUCUUUGCUCUCAAGGAUACCCGCCUCAACCGCCGCUCCGCGCUGGCUCGCGUAGGCAAGGUGGGGCCUAUGAUUGGGCAGUACGUGGACUCUCAGUGGAGCCUGGCAAGCUUUACCGUGCCUGCUGAGUCAGCCUGCAUCUGCGCCUUUGGUCGCAAUACUUCCAAGAAUGUCAACUCGGUCAUUGCCAUCUGUGUAGAUGGGACCUUCCACAAGUACGUCUUCACUCCUGAUGGAAACUGCAACAGAGAGGCUUUCGAUGUGUACCUUGACAUCUGUGAUGAUGAUGACUUUUAAGGACCCUGUGGGUUGUGCUAGGAACCUAUGGUGGCAUAUUGCAAAGCCUUUGAGGGAUUGGGAGUGCUGUGGAAGCCAUCAGCCAGCAAGCAUUAAUGGGGCAAGCACCCGCUUUCUACUCAGCAGAGCAGUGCCUAAAAAGCUCAUUUCCCCCAAGCACUUCUUGAUGACCGUGUGCCCUUGAAGACUGUGGGCCCCUAGGGCCAGGCCAGGGACCCUGAGAAGGAAGCAGACCCCCUGAGGCUCCCAGCCUGGAGAAGACUGCUAGGGAACCAGAGGGAGUGCCCUAAUCCAACCUGUGGGGAUUAAAAAAAACUUCCCAGGAAGAGACGAUCUCUGAUGUAAUGAAUAUGAAUUAAUAAAAGGCCCUUAAUGGUA